AAUUGCAUUUUCGAAAUUUCAUUAAUAGGUAAAUGCAUUCCCGUAAUACGUGGCCAAGGUGUCUAUCAAGAUGCUGUUGAUAUUUGUGUACAAAAAGUAAAAUUAGGACACUGGGUACAUGUGUUUCCCGAGGGUAAAGUGAAUAUGACUAAAGAAGAAAUGCGCCUGAAAUGGGGUGUUGGUCGUAUUAUCUAUGAAUCUUCCAAAGUGCCUAUAAUAAUACCCAUGUGGCAUGAGGGCAUGGAUGAUGUGCUGCCAAAUGUAGAACCCUAUAUACUUAAAUGGGGCAAGAGAGUAACGGUGAAUAUUGGUAAACCGAUUGAUAUGAAUGAUUUUAUAAAUGAUUUAAAAAGUAGAAAUGUUCCUGAACCGGAGGCUAGAAAAUUAAUAACUGAUAAAAUACAAGAAGUAUUUCAUAAUUUACGCUUAGAAACCGAAGAGCUUCAUAAAAAACACAAAUAGAAUUUUAUGUAAAUUGUUGUUUGUAUCUUUUUCUUUUGAUUUUGACUUUUUUCUCAUUAAU